UUAAACCCUAAUUUUUUAUGGGUCAUUGACUAGUAAUAUUAGUGUGUGCCCUAAUCAACACACACAUGCACCUCAUUUUACUUAUCUUUUUGAAAGAGUGCAUGGCAAACCACCACAACCCCUGGUUCCUCGGGUCAGCCCCACCGGCCACCACCAAAAGGCACCCUAUAUAACCACCAAAGGUCCAAAACUCAAUUCACAUCCCAAGUUCCUAACAUCCUUUGACCAAAAAUCAUUCCAAAGUCCUUCACCGUCCGUCACAAAAAUGUCAAAGAUUGUCAAACUACUCUUCUUGGUGGCGGUAGCCAUCACUCUCACUCUCACAAUCACAUUCACCUUCAUGGGUGACACUCGUGAAAAAACGCUAAUCACAUCGCGAGCCGUGAAACCGUUUCCCAAACGGGUAAGUCGGUUUCUAGCUGAAAACAAAAACACUCGAGCGGCAGACCACUGCAACAAAGAUAACGAGAUUUGCUACAUCUUAGAAGGCAAAAACUCGACUUGCUGCAACAACAAAUGUAUGGAUUUGAGUGAGGAUAAACACAACUGUGGUGCAUGCAAGAACAAGUGCAAGUUUACAAACUCGUGUUGCAGAGGGGAGUGUGUGAAUUUGGCUUACGACAAGAGGCAUUGCGGGUCGUGUGGUAACAAGUGUAUGCCCGGUGGUUAUUGUAUAUACGGUCUCUGCAACUACGCCUAAGUUAAUUCAUUGUGAUCGAUCGAUGUUUUCGUUUUGUCAUGGAGAGAGAUUCUUGAUUACUAACUAUUCAUACAUAUUUACAAUAUACAUUUUGUGUAAACAUGAUUGUUCGAGCAUCAUAUUGAAGAGAUCGUGUGUGCUAUA